UCCCCCACCAUCAUCGCUGUACAGAGGAAGAAAGGGGGAGACGGGCAGCCCGUACAGAACGCUUUGUCACAAAUAUGAGCGGCAGCGGGCGGGCCAGGGCCAGCUCAUUCGCUGAGCCUCCCGGAGCUCCCGGAUCCGCUGCAGCCGGCGCCGGAUCAGCAGUAGCCGGGGGAAGCUCGACAGGAAAAACUGGGGCUCCACAAGCCACUGGGAGCAGCUCGACGAGCUUUGGCAAUUUGAAACUGCCCAGAGACAGUGGCAAAGUGACGACGGUGGUAGCUACACCGGGCCAGGGCCCCGAUCGCCCUCAGGAAGUGUCCUACACAGACAUAAAGGUUAUAGGAAAUGGCUCCUUUGGCGUGGUCUACCAAGCUCGCCUCAUCGACAGCCAGGAGAUGGUGGCAAUUAAGAAAGUUCUCCAAGACAAGAGGUUUAAGAAUAGGGAGCUGCAAAUAAUGAGGAAGUUGGACCACUGCAAUAUUGUGAGGCUACGUUACUUCUUCUACUCCAGUGGCGAGAAGAAAGAUGAAGUGUAUUUGAAUCUGGUGCUGGACUUCGUCCCAGAGACAGUGUACAGGGUGGCUCGGCACUUCAACAAGGCCAAGACGACCAUCCCCAUCAUCUAUGUUAAGGUGUACAUGUACCAGCUGUUCCGCAGUCUGGCUUAUAUCCAUUCCCAGGGUGUGUGUCACAGAGACAUCAAGCCCCAGAACCUCCUGGUGGACCCGGAGACGGCCAUCCUCAAACUCUGUGACUUUGGCAGUGCUAAGCAGCUAGUGCGCGGGGAGCCCAAUGUGUCCUAUAUCUGCUCACGGUACUAUCGUGCCCCAGAGCUCAUCUUUGGUGCCACCGACUACACGUCCAACAUCGACAUCUGGUCGGCGGGCUGCGUGCUGGCUGAGCUGCUGCUGGGCCAGCCCAUCUUCCCCGGGGAUAGUGGUGUGGACCAGCUAGUAGAGAUCAUCAAGGUUCUGGGGACACCAACAAGGGAGCAAAUCCGGGAGAUGAACCCGAACUACACAGAGUUCAAAUUCCCACAAAUCAAAGCACACCCUUGGACAAAGGUGUUUAAGCCUCGUACUCCACCAGAGGCCAUUGCCCUCUGCUCUCGACUGCUGGAAUACACGCCAGUGACUAGACUCUCUCCUCUGGAGGCAUGUGCACACGCCUUCUUUGACGAGCUGCGCCAGCCCAACACCCGUCUGCCCAGCGGACGAGAACUGCCGCUGCUCUUCAACUUCAGUCCUGUUGAGCUGUCUAUUCAGCCCCAGUUGAACUCCACACUCAUUCCUCCUCACGCUCGUGCACAGACAUCGCCUGCCUCACAUGAGGGCAGUGUCCCAGACAGUACCGCCCAGCCCAGCUCAGCACCUGGAUCCAUCAACAACAGCACCUGAGCAUCCAUCCCUCUGCCAUCCUUUCUUUUUUUUGUCUUCCCCCGUUUUCCUUUUCUCAUCUCUGCUCCUCUCCCUCUCAACUUUCGUCCUGGCUCCAAACCCUUCAAAUACAAAAAAAAAAACUAUACAGACCCACAUCAACACCCUGCGUUGCUAUUUACCCUGAAUGUUAUCCAUUUCCAAUAGAAGGAGAUAUCCAUGGCUGCUGCGAGCUUUAGGACGAUAUGCGUUGUUUUAAGGACAGUUAAGUAGCCACGCUUAAUAAAAGCUGCUGUUCUCAGUCCUUGUCUGGCCUAUUAGAAUAAACACACAUUACAUUGGUUGGGAUGUUUGGGAGAUGAGGAGGAAGGUUGUACAUGUGUGGAUUAUCUGUAUUAUAAUUGACAGUUGACUUUUAUCCCUUUUUUGCUCUUUUUUUUAUUUGUAUUAGCUCAUUUUAAGUGUGGCCGUGGUGCCACUGGAUGGGGUCGUGACUGGCUUUGGAGUAGAGAAUGAGGGCCGUGUGUAAGGCCUGACUGAUAUUGACAAUCAUCUUAGCAGGGUUGAAAAAUGUCAGACUUGUAGACGAGUAGCUGUUCUGUCAUUUUCUACCCUGAACUCUACUCAAAUAUUAUCAGUUCACAAAUGUGACAAAUUUAUUUUUAAUCUCCCAGUUUGAUACCAGACGGAACAUAUUGGCUGAUUUUUGUCCAUGUCAUUUUAGAUGAGAGGUGGUUUUAAAUUUUAUUAUAGCAGGGCACCGCAGCCCGUCUUACUGUUUCUUUUUGAAUAUUGGCUCCUCAACUGUCUUUUUUUAUGUGAAUGAGUGGGAGCUUUAUGCGAGCAGAGUGCACAUCUUCAGUUUCUUUUGUAUAAGCUCAUGUUGUCAUUGGUUAAGCUGGAAACCCUGCGUUUCAUGUCGACUCUCAAGUGAGUAUUGCACAUCUCCACCGGGAGCAGAGGGGAAGCAAAGGGGGGAGUAAUGUGGACUGUCCAGCAGUGAGCAUUACGUCACACAGAGGGAGUUGGUGUGGGGCUCCGCUUUCAUCUAAAACACAAGUCUCAAUGUUUUAAGUGUCAUAAACACAGUCGCCUAGCACUGUAGCGUGAAUAGUCACCUAAUUUAUUGUGUCACUCUUACGGUGUUAAGUUUCAUAUCGGCUUGAUUACGUUGAAGAAAGGCAUCAGGUGUAGAAGGUACAGGGAGAAUACUGUCUGUGUUCACUGCUCACCUGGUUCGUCAUUGUUAUUUCAGCUUGUGUAGACAAUGACUGUGUGAGCAGGAGGAGGAUUUAGUUGUUUUGCUGUGUGUGUGUGAGAGAUUUGUUGAAACCCUCUUCGUCCCUUCCCAAACAGCCUGCGACGCUCAUAUCGUCUUCUUCUUGUUCUGUACUGAUGAGAGGAGCUGAUCUCGACUCAUCCACGCAGCCGAAUGGUCCACCGUUGGCACGGACUACUUUCUUUCUUCUGCCACGCAAAUGUGCAUGUUCAACCCAUGUUGACCACGUUAUAUUACUUCCACUAAUCACGGUAAUAAUCUGACCAGAAAUGUUGCUCAAACCCCAGAAACCCAACAGCUUUUGGAGCCUCCCCCUGAUUCCUCCUCACCCUCACCCUUUGCCUUCUGCUUCCCCUCUUUUCUCCUCCUUUUUUUCACUGCUAAACUGUAAAUAUCAAGUACCUUUUAUUUUAUUAUUUUUGUUAUUAUUGUUAUUAUAUUGUUCUUGUAAUUUUUUUUUCUCUAGUAGACCGGCGCAGCCGCAGCCGGACUGUUUAUCCUCAGUCGCAGUCUGUAAAUACGAUUUCAUUUCAGUCCCUGGUUCACGAGGGGAAAAACAGAACAAAAUGUUUCAUUUUUAUUCUCUCUCCCUCCAUUUCUCUCGUCAUAUUUUCCCCUUUUACCCCCAUAAAUGUUGUCAUAAGUGUUUUAUUUAUUGUAUUGUGUUUUUUGAGGGGGUGGGAGUGGGGGAAUCUUUUCUUUUCCUCUGAGGUGGUAAAAAUUAAGGGAUUUGGUUUUUUUGAUAUUCUUUUUUUGUUUGUUUUUAUCCAAUUUUUAGUCCAGCAAUGUCACAUGCAAAACAAUUUGACAUCCAAGAUACUGUACACAGAUCCAGAUGUUGGAGUGAGGUGUUCAAUCAGUGUGUCUAUAGCUGCACAUGUUAGUCAACAGAUGGAACUUGGAAGUUUUCACUUAACUUCAAUGUGAAGGGAAUGUUACAAACCUCUGAACGGAGGGGGUUGUGGUGUUAGGAGGGAGCGUCGAUCACCGUGUGCGUGUGUGUGUGUGUGUGUGUGGAGGAGAAAAAUGAAUCGUCCAUUGACAUGUAUCAUCUCCUGUGUCUGACUGUCUUGUUUUCCCUCACUGUGUCGCACGAAUGCAACAGGUUCGUCCUGUUAAUGGUAUGUAUGUUUCACAGAUACUUGGUGAGUGUUGGAGUAUUUGUGUGUGUGCGUGUAUGUGUUGGCAAACCAUGAACAUUGUUCUCUAUAUUUUCCUAAAUGAAGAGCUGACUCAAUGAGCUAUUUUAUUUUAUUUUUGUCUCCAUUGUCGGAUCUGUCACACUUAGUUUUUAAUUUGCUGUGACCCUGCUCUUUUAUCAUCCUUGUCUGAAGGGGGGGGGGAAUGUCCUUGUUGGGAACAGAAUGGUUGGAUAAAGGAGAUGAUGAACAGUGAGGGAUGAAGGGAGAGAGACAGUUUUUGUUUGUUGGUAUAAAUAAUUAAACUCAUUAAUAAAGUGAUGAAACUGU